CAAAAUAAAAUUCUCGUAACUAAUAAACUAACAUAAAAUUUACCAUCAUCGGAUAUGCAUCUGUACAUACGAAUUAUGGAUCAUUAAUGUUAUGAAAUACUUGUAAUAUGAAGACCUGACAAAUUACCUGCGAAACAUUAACAAAAUUAACGUUCAUCAUCGAAAAGUAACAUUUAAUCAGUAAAAAUGAGUCGACCUACGCGGGCCACCGGCGGUCUAACGAAGACGCAACAGCUUCGCGAAGCAAGGACAACUGCUUUAGUGAGAGAAUUGCAACAAAAAGAAGAAGCAGCGGCAAGACAUGCAGCAGAUCCAUUUAAGCCGCGUAAACGGAUAACGCGUGAACCAAAAAGAGUAGACUUCCAUAAACCAGGAAUGACCAAAGCGAUGAUAGCUAGAAUGAAACAAGCAGAAAAAUUUAAACAAGAUUACGAGCGCAGAACGCGGGGUGACCAAAUGCCAAGAAGAACACCUGCUCCAAUAGGAGGUGAUGCCAGGUUGGGUAAAGAAAAAGCAAUACCCACUGGAAGACCUCAGCCUUUAACUGUACCUCCAGCAAAACUAGGAGAAGCUGGGCCUAGUGGGAUUCCUAGAAGGGAUGGAAUACCAAGACCAAAAUCAAGAUUACCCGAAGUAUCUUUUUCCAGAAAGACUAAUGAAUUGGCCAAAAUGAUGAAUGCCGAUGUAAUUAAAGCUGAACCAGUUGGCAAAGGUCCAAUCAGCAAUAUUGUAAUACCCCCUGGAACAGUGAAUGAUAAUCGUACUACUAUUAUCACUGUGCCACAACCAGCAGAUGCUGAGGCAAAAUCAGCAUCACAAAUUGCAAAUCGUUCUAUUGUGGUGAUCAGCGAAACUCUUGAUGACCAAGAUGCUGCAGAAGCUGCAGCAGUACAAAAUAAGCUAGAAGAUUUACAACAAGCUAGACGAGACUUUGUCAUGGCAGUGGCAAAUGUUGGUGGUAAUGCUGUUAACAUUGCAGAUGAAACUCCUCCUGAUUUUGGCUCUUUCCUUGAUCAAUCGCCUCCUUUUCAUCCUGCUCCUCCUCCUAGACAAAUAAUUAGGAUUCCUGAUUUGGACAGUGAGGCUCUUCAACCUCAAUAUGGAAGGGAUCAUCCAGAUGUUGUAGCUGCUCGUGAAUUCUUACGAAAAACUAAAGAAAAAAUGGAAGAAAAAAUGGCAGACAAAAGAUUACAAGAACAAUUUGAUAGAAUAGCAGGUGAAGUCUUGGAUGACUUGCACUUAGAUGUUCCUUUUGAAGAGGAACUUUAUGUGGAUAGAGAUAUAUCUUGGGAAGAAGACGAAGAACUAGGCACAGCUAUACCUGUUCAAUCAAAAGUUAAAUCUCAUGCAGUUCCUGUUCCACAACAACAACAGAGUUAUAGACAUGGGACAUUUGACCCAGAAGAAUUGGAAAGAUUCUUUGAUGUCGAACGUUAUCCUCCUUGUCCAGUGUGUGGACCACCAUCAGGCAGAGAAACAUUACAUCCUGAUUUAUGGGACUUAGAGGAUCCAUGGUAUAUGCCACCUGUACCAGACCUAAUAGAAUUCGAUUUAAUUGAUCUUUGAAUGGAAUCCAAAUUAUUUAAUAUCACGCAAAUAAUUCCCUAUAA